GAGUCCACAGACCUCUCACCUUUCAGCCGUGUUGUCUUCACGCAACGCAAACACACACACACACAGCCCUCCAUUAUUAUGACCACCAUUUCUCUUCAUCUUCAUUCCCCACCAUUGCAUACAAAGGGUUGGUGUAUGCGCGCAUAGGAAUCCGUAUUUUCUUCUCUUUUUUUGAUACCCCUUUUUCGUCCUCUCUGUUAGGAGAAGGGAAAAAGAGAAGAAUCAUCAGAUGGGUUCGGGCAUCAGCCGGACGAGGUCAGGCCGUUCUCGGCCCCAAGAACAACGCCCUCGGCCAAGGCUGAGGCGGGCUAUCUCCUCGCUCCUCGUGUGUGGUGCCUCCUCAUCAUCUCGCGAGAUGGAAGAUUAUCCAGCUGAAUUACUGGUAAAUUCUGCAGAACAUGGACAUCAAGAGCAGUUCAAAUUCCUGAGGAAAAAAUCGGAUUUGUCAAUGGGCAAUGGGGAUGAUCUGGUUAGCAGCAAAAGUGAAAGUCUGGUUUCGUCUAGAAGAUGGUUUGCUGCUAAUGGGAAUUCUGCUCCAGAAGAUGGUGGGAGCAAUGUUGAGCGAGGCAAUAGAGGGAAAUUUUUGUCUGAGAGUAGGGAGUUGAUUCCUUCUUAUCAAUCUACUGCUCAUUCUAGAGGUAUUGAAACUGCAAGUACUUCCUAUGUAGAUCAACUAUCUGCAGAUUGUGUUUCUUUGAAUGAAAUGUCGAGUACGAAUGCUAUGAACACCAUAAAUUACAACAUGAAUGGGGCUUUAUCUCAAAUUGGUCAACGGUUCAACAGUACAGGCAAUGUAUAUUCUCAUGGUCUUGGAGGGCUCUUGUUAGAUGAACUUUCAGUUGAAAAUAAUGUCUCCGAAGAAGUUGAUUUCUCUAAUUCUGAUUUUGGUUCCUCUUUUGUUUCUGAUUCACCCAUGGACACUCAUUUGCCAAGAGAUGAUACCAUUCAGGAGGUAACACCUUCACAUGUAGGUUUUCUAGUAUCAGAAAGGGAACAUAACAGACAAGAUGUCAACCUACUGCAGGUGGACGUUGUGAGUAUAUCCUCAAAUAUUUUACCAACUAAUUCUGCUGAAAUAAACAGUCGUGAGGCAAGAAGGAAUAGCAGAAGAUUAUUUUGGGAUGCUUUCUCGAGACGCAGCUCUCGGAGGCAUACAGAAUCAAGAGCCUUAGGUUUUUCGCCUGGUGAUUCUGAAUCUUUGAGAUCUCACGACAGAUGGCUCCUUGAUUUUACUGGUAGUUUCUACAAUGACGAGGUUGGAGGAGAUUUAAGAUCUCAUGGAAGUAGAACUCCAGGCAGUCAUGAACUGCAAACUCCAGGAAGAAAUGAACAACAAACGCCGAGCAGUAAUGGAGAAAGAACUCCAGGCAGUAAUGAACAAGAUACUCCAGGCAGCAAUGAACAAAGAUGGAAUUCAAGAUUUGAGAUCUGGGAGAGACUUCGCGGAAAUCUUGAUUCAACCGAUCAUCCAACUUCAGUCUGUCCUAGAGGAAUACAUGCUGAUGGUUCAUGCUCGUGCCAGUCCAGUUCAUCAGUUGAGGAAUCUGGCACACGUGCUGGCAUUUCUCGAAUAGUCAUGCUGGCUGAAGCAUUGUUUGAGAUACUUGAUCAAAUCCACCAACAGCCUAUGUCCCUUUCCUUGUCUAUGGUCUCGCUUCCAGCUCCUGAAUCAGUUGUUGAAUCUUUUCCUGUGAAGAUUCACAGAAAAACAGGAAAACUGGAAUGUGCCGAUGAUGUUUUACAGUGUUACAUUUGCCUGGCUGAGUAUGAGGAGGGAGACAAAAUACGAGUUCUUCCAUGCCAGCAUGAGUAUCACAUGGCAUGUGUAGAUAAAUGGCUGAAAGAGAUUCAUGGUGUGUGCCCACUCUGCCGGGGAGAUGUUCGUGAGGGUUUCUCAGAGGGCUCUACUUCUACUUAAGAUCUUUCUCAGUUGGUCAAUUUCUUAUAUAACCGAUAAGAUGGGCCUCAAGAGUUGUAUCUUUCGUGGAAUAAUAUGUCAUUUAUACUCGUAACCAGAACCAUUUCUGGUUCAAUAUCAGAAUCUUGAUUGGGUAGGUAUAUUAGUUGGUGCAUUCUGCAGCCACAGCAAGGAAAGAGAAGAAAAAGAAUUAUUAUACUUGGGUACUUGUAUCAUGACAUUCGAAAAUGUAAUGGCUUUCUAGCCUUUUGCUGAAAAUCCUUAUGUUUUCACAUGUAAGUAGAUCAGGCAAGGUCAACGAUUUUACUUGUGGUUUAGCAUUUUCCGCCUUACACGGGGCUCCCAGAUUUUCGGUCCUACUUAGUGGCGAUGAGAUAGAGACAUUCACUUUUGCAUGUUUGUAUUAGGCUUUAGUUGAGAGAGUGAAGGAGAUGUUCUUGGAACUCCCAUGAGCGGGAAACACGUUUCCUGUAGAACAGCAUUAACAACUGAAUGUUUCUGUAUAGUUGCCAUUUUGAAAUCUGAACAAUCAGAUGCUAUCCUCUUUUAUGUGGCAGAAACA